GCCGUAUCUCUUUCAUGCAUCUCACAAGGCAUGUGAGCCUUGUGUACCAACUAGCUUCCCAAAUAGCAGACUGCUCUGAAUAAGAGCCUGUCUUCGUAACAGAUUUCCUUCUGAGGGCCAACCAACAUCUGCCAAGGUGCAUGCCAAACAAAUAUUUCUUAUCUUCCGAAACCUCCCAUAAAUAGCUGAAUGACUUAGUGCCAGGCGGGGGUUUUGACGGCUGGUUUGACGUUAAGAUUUUUCUUCACCUUCAGUGUGCCAAUGUGACCAUGGCCUACCUAUAUGGCGGUACAUCGAUUCACGGAAUUUUCCUCUCUAUUUUGCUUUUUUUGUUUAAAGUCUCUGGAAGGCGACGUCACCAAGCGGGACUCUGCCAGUUUGUUCUUUGGUCCUUCGACUAUGGAUAGGAAAGUGGUUGUUGCCGACCUGGUCGAAUGCCUCGUUGAGACCCAGCUCCGCGACGCCAUGGACAGGACCUCCAAGGCGGGUGUAAGGAGAAUCACAAGGGUGUUCAAGGGCAUAGAUAGCAGGGCCAUAGGGUCGAUCUUGACGCGUUCCAACACCGGUCCAUUUUUGAACGCUUCUGCGGAACGCUGAAGUUUGUCUGACUUCUCAAAGAUUUCAUAGCUGGUAUUAUUGAGUCGAUCCCAGCAAGAGUGUCAAGACAGGGACUCGAACGCUUGUUAAAAGUGCUUCAGGCUGGUCUGCUGCUAACCUCUCGCAAAAUCGGAAACAUCAGAAGGCGCAGCUAGUAUCAAAGAUGACACCGACGGACGUGGGUCAUGUGCAUAGGCUUAUUUCAAGAUCAGGGU